UAAAAGGAGGCUAGCGUUGGUCAUAGAAGUUAGUAGGCCAAACGUUUUUGGCUCAAGCAAGAAGGAUUUCUCAAUUUUUUGAACGAACAAAAAAUCGAGAACCAUACGGUUGGAACGGUGUUAUUUUUAUAAGUGCUUAUCAUCUCAAAAUUCUCAAAGAUGAAGCUUUUCCUUAUGGGCUUGCUAAGCCUGGCACUGUUCGCCGCAGUGAUCAGCGUUCCUAUCACUAAAGCAGAAGUUGAACCCCUUGCUGAAGUUAAAGCUGAUGUUAACUACCGAAUUCCUUCCAACGUCCUACCAUCCCACUACGACAUAUCAUUAAAGCCAUACCUAUUAACUGGCGAUGGUAACAAACAGUUCACCUUUGAUGGUGAAGUUUACAUUAACAUAAGUACCACCGAGUCAAACUUGAAGACGAUUAUUUUGCAUUCGAAGCGUUUAACUUAUUCAGUCCGUGAAUUGUACGAGUCUGCUGUUCCCAAAACAAAAUUGAAAAUUAACAAAUUCGAAGAAGAUCCUGUCACCGAUAAAUUCACUUUAACAUUGGAUGCUGUAUUGAAACCAAAAACAGACUAUACCUUACAUUUUGUGUACACAGGUCUUAUGGAAGAUGAUAUGCAUGGAUUCUAUAAGAGUUCCUAUGUCGAUAGUAAGAAUAAGACAAGAUGGUUGGGAUCGACACAAUUCGAAACAAAUCACGCACGUCGUGCUUUCCCCAGUUUUGAUGAACCAAAGUUCAAAGCCACGUUUGAUGUUGCAAUUACUCGCUUUAGGAGCUUCAAGACAGUCAGUAACACCCGCAUGAUUCAAAGCCAACGCAUAGACAAUAAUUACUUCAAAGAUAUCUACGCCACCACACCACCAAUGUCCACCUACCUUUUGGCCUUCCUCGUGUCCGAUUUCAAUGAACGUACCGAUGUCGAUGGUCAAUUUUACGUUGUUGCACGUCCCGAAUAUUUUGGCCAAACCGAAUAUGGCUUCGAUAUUGGUCGUGAGCUUCUAACUGCUUUUGAUACUUACACAAAACUCCCCUUCUACGAAUAUGGUGUGGAAAAAAUGCAUUUAGCCGCUAUUCCCGAUUUCUCAGCCGGAGCCAUGGAGAACUGGGGUCUUCUAACUUACAGAGAACGUGCUUUACUUUAUGAAGAAGGAUCAACAACUCUAUCGGCUAAACAAUCUAUCGCUGGAGUUAUUGCUCACGAACAAGCUCACAUGUGGUUUGGAGAUUUGGUGACUUGCGACUGGUGGAGUCAUACUUGGCUCAACGAAGGUUUUGCUCGUUACUUCCAAUAUUUCAUGACAGCUGAGGUUGACCCAACAUUUGAAAUGGACAAGCAAUUUGUUGUCGAUCAGAUUCAUGUUGUUUUUAGAAUGGACUCAACCAACAACACAAAUCCCAUGAGUGAUGAGACCGCAGCUUCUCCAGAGGAUCUUUCUCGGAUGUUCAACAGUAUUUCGUACAACAAAGGUGGUUCAGUAAUCCGAAUGAUUAGGCACGCUAUUGGAGAGGAAAGUUUCAAGAAAUCUCUUCAAAGCUACCUCAAUGAAUUUAAAUACACCAACACUGUUCCCAAAAAUAUCUUCGAUCAUUGGACAGCUAAUUGGCCGGCAGAUACAAAGAAAUAUGCCAAUGGAGUUCUAACAAGUUUUACCGAACAAGUUGGCUAUCCAGUUCUUCACAUCGAACUUGCUGCUGAUUCCAAGAGCAUGACUGUCGAACAAAAGCGAUUCCUAUUGACUCCAGGAGACGGCAGUGAUGCCAAACUUCUGUAUACCGUUCCAUUUACUUACACAACAAAUGUACAAAAAGAUUUCAAUACAACAACACCAAAUCUAUACCUGGAAGCCAAGACUGACAAAGUUAAUGUGACCUUCAAGGACGCUAUUAAGUGGGUUGUUGGUAACAUCCAAGAAACAGGCUACUACCGAGUCAACUACAGCACUAACGCCUGGCAUCAAAUCCAUCAUGCCUUGAGCUCUCAGAAUUGGGAUGGCAUCCACGAACUUAACCGAGCUCAAUACGUUGACGAUCUAUUGGCCCUUUCACGUUCAGGACAACUGCAAUACGAGUUGUCAAUGAUGUGCCUCAGCUACUUGGAAACUGAAACCAAUUAUUUGCCAUGGACAGCUGCUUUCAACGGCUUCGACUUCUUGGCCGUUCGCCUUGGUUUGGACAAAGACAAUUUCGCCUACUACAUAAUCAAAAUUUCGAAGAAAGCUUACAAUUCACUUGGAUUUGAGGAAAACAAGUCCGACAAGACUCUGGACAUCUAUGCCCGAAGCAAGGUUAUCUCUUGGAAUUGCAAAUACGGCCACAGUGAUUGUAUUGCAGAAGCUCUGAAAUUAUUCCGAAACAUGCAUAACAAACCAGUUCCGGUCAAUAUUCGCGGCGCUGUUUAUUGUACAGCAAUGAGGGAUGGUACAGAAAAGGACUUUGAAGACCUCUUCAACAAGUUGAAGGCUGAACAAGUUCCAACUGAACAAGUAUUGAUAAUCAAUAAUUUGGGUUGUGUAAAGGACAAGAAACUUGUGGAACGUUAUUUCAAUAUUAUUUUAAGUGAUGAUAUCCGUCGCCAGGACAAGUCUUCAGCUCUAUCGACCCUCUACACUGAAAAUGCUGAAAAUGUUUCGCCUGUCUUCGAUCUUGUGACAGAAAACUUUGAAGCCUUACAAAAAGCCAUGGGUUCCUAUUCGUCUGUGGCAACUGAAAUUUCAAACAUAGCAUCACGCUUCACCACUAAGGAACAACAAGCCAAACUUGAUGCUUUCAUCAACAAAAGUGGCACUCAAUUCGGAAGCUCUCAGAAGACUUUGACAAAGGCCGCUACUACAGUUAAGGAAAAUUUGGAAUGGUCUGAGAAGAGAUUGCCUCCUGUCGUUAAAUACUUGAAGGAUUUCAGAAACAGUGCUACAAGUAUAGGAAUUAGCACUUUUACAGUUGCUUUGGUGGCUUUUAUUUCUUACAUGUUAAGAUAAGUUAAAAAUAAGUCUGAAUUUGUAGAUAACUUUUUAUAUAUUUAUAAAAUAAAAAAGAAAUGUAGAAUAAUUUA